AUGGCCAAUAUGGACGUCCUUCUAGUCAUGGCCUCGUCCGUAGCCUACUCCUACUCCGUGGUUGUAGUCGCCAUCGCUAUGUGUCAUCAGUGGCCAACCAGUCCCAAGACUGUCUUUGAGACCUCUCCGAUGCUGUUUCUCUUUGUCUCCCUGGGCCGGUGGCUCGAACACUUGGCGAAGGGCAAGACUUCCGAGGCCAUCUCGAAGUUGCUCUCGCUUAAGGCUAAGGAGGCGGUGAUUCUGGAAGCUCUUCCUUCGGUGAGCAAGAACACCGCCAAAACUGGCGUCUCCGGCACUAGCGUGGCCUUUGACUCACCGGAUAACUUUCGCGAACGCCGCAUUCUCGUUGAUCUCGUUCAAAAAGGAGACUUUGUGAAGGUAUGUGUGACUCGGUAG